AUAUUAGCAGGAGUAGGAGAGUUUGUCGGUACAACCUCCUUUUUGUUUCUUGCUCUCGCUGGAGCCAAGACAGCUACACUCUCAGUUCCUAUUGCACAAAACCCAGCGGAUAUCACGACUGUUGGACUUGCCGAUCAAACUAUUAUUUAUAUUUCACUUAGCUUUGGUCUUAGUCUUAUUGUUACUGCUUGGGCUUUCUUUCGGAUUACUGGAGCUUUGUUCAAUCCAGCAAUCACCCUCGCUUUAUGGCUGAUCGGAGCAAUUAGUUGGUUCAGGGCAACCUUGUUAACAAUCUCACAAUUGGCCGGUGGACUUGCUGCUGCCGGACUAGUAGCACUACUUACUCCACAUGGAACAGUCAACACUGUUGUCUUACAUCCGGCAGCUGAAGUGACAAAUGCUCAAGGUUUAUUUUUAGAAGCUCUUUUGACUAGUAUGUUGGUAUUCGUAGUCUUAAUGUUAGCAGCAGAGAAACAUAAAGGUACUUUCAUGGCACCUGUUGGAAUAGGACUCACACUUUUUAUCUGUCAUCUUGUUGGAGUUGCUUACACUGGAUGUGGUAUGAACCCUAGUAGAGCAUUAGGACCUUCAGUCGUCGCUAGAGAUUUCGGUACUAGUCAUUGGAUCUAUUGGAUAGGUCCUAUGAUUGGAUCAUUAUUCGCUGUUGGAUUUUACAUGGUUCUUAAAGCUCUUAAAUAUGAAGAAAUUGCUCUUAACCAAGAUUCUUCUGAACCCGUUCCUGGCGCUAAACUACCCCAUCAACGUUUCGUCAAGCGUAUCAACUAUCGU